UGGGUGGAUGCUGGGACCCAGAUCUUUUUCUCCUACGCCAUCUGCCUGGGCUGCCUGACUGCUCUGGGAAGCUAUAACAAUUACAACAACAACUGCUACAGAGAUUGCAUCAUGCUCUGUUGCCUGAACAGUGGCACCAGCUUUGUGGCAGGGUUUGCCAUCUUCUCUGUCCUGGGCUUCAUGGCGUACGAGCAGGGAGUACCCAUUGCCGAGGUAGCAGAGUCAGGCCCGGGCCUGGCCUUUAUCGCCUACCCCAAGGCCGUCACCAUGAUGCCUCUCUCCCCACUGUGGGCCACCCUGUUCUUCAUGAUGCUGAUCUUCCUGGGCCUGGACAGUCAGUUUGUGUGUGUGGAAAGCCUCGUGACUGCUGUGGUAGACAUGUACCCCAAGGUCUUCCGGAGGGGCUACAGGCGGGAGCUGCUCAUCCUGGCACUAUCGGUCGUCUCCUACUUUCUGGGCCUGGUGAUGUUGACGGAGGGAGGCAUGUACAUCUUCCAGCUCUUUGACUCCUAUGCUGCCAGUGGGAUGUGUCUUCUCUUUGUGGCCAUCUUCGAGUGUGUCUGCAUCGGUUGGGUGUAUGGAAGCAGCCAAUUCUAUGACAAUAUCGAGGACAUGAUUGGGUACUCGCCGCCGUGGCUCAUUAAAUGGUGCUGGAAGAUUGUGACCCCCGGAAUCUGUGCGGGUAUCUUCAUCUUCUUCCUGGUCAAGUACAAGCCACUCAAGUACAAUAAUGUCUACACCUACCCUGCCUGGGGCUACGGCAUCGGCUGGCUCAUGGCACUGUCCUCGAUGAUAUGCAUUCCACUCUGGGUCUUCAUCAAAGUGUGGAAGACGGAGGGCACGCUGCCCGAGAAAUUCCGGAAGUUGACAGUCCCCAGUGCUGAUCUGAAAAUGCGGGGCAAGCUUGGGGCAGGCCCACGGACGGUGAUGGUUAAUGACUGUGAGGCCAAGCUCAAGGGCGACGGCUCCAUCGCUGCCAUCACAGAGAAGGAGACGCACUUCUGAGCCACCACCUGUCACCCGGAUGCUUCUCUUCCUUUCCCUCCCCGUGUGUGUAAAUGAA